AUGUUCAAAAACUUCAAAGAAAAACAUGCGUCGCUCUUCGAGCCCAAACAAUCCAAUAACACAUCCUCCGCUACUGCGGGUAGUGAUCGUGGACAAGAUCUGACGUCAAUACUGGACCGGUCGCAACGAGCCGAUCUCACAGUAUUGGUAGCGGAAAUCGCGGAAUCAAUGCGAGUUGCGCUCCUUGAAGUAUUUGAAACUCCAGAGCCAAAUCCCACAACAGAUGAACCCUCGCCUCGUCAGAGUCCGAGCCCUGAAAAGGACGACGAAGCACCACCGCUACUUGCCAGGCCACAAGAUGGAUCAAGUCCAGCCUCGGGAGAAGGCGCGACACAGCGAGAACAGCGACAACGACCCAGUCCCGGUCCCGGUCCUAGGAGGAAUGCUACUGCUGCAGCGGCUAAAGCCCGCGCCAAGAACAGGACGCUUUCGCAUUUUGAAAAUUGGAGAGACUCGGUUCUAUUACGAAUUGGUGAGGUUGUCAACAGGGAUGAUGAGCCACAGGAAAAGGGCAGCUCGGAUGCUGCCAAGUCUGAUGACCUCCCGUUAGAAGAGGAUGAGGAGAGAAUAGACAAAAUGCGUCAAGUUUACCAUCCAAUUGAGACACCGCUACUGGACCUUCCCAAGGCGACCAGACUGCUCAUUUUGCAUUCUCUUUUAUUACUACUGCUCAGUUUGAAGCACUACAGUGCAUACUCUCGGGUGUUGCUGCUAUACGUCUCAUCCAGCUUGGAAAUUGACGUGAAAGUGCUCAACGAGAACGAGACCAAAGUGGCACGUGGACUACUAGACACUGUUCUGGCACUCCCGCAAGAGUCAGACAACAAGCCUGAACCUAAGAAGAAAGACAAUAGCCGAGUAUGGAAGGUUGGGAUUGCUUCAGUUGCCGGUGCUGCCCUCAUUGGUAUCACCGGCGGUCUUGCGGCGCCACUGGUAGCCGCAGGAAUUGGAGGCAUCAUGGGCGGAUUAGGACUUGGUGCUACUGCGGCGGCCGGGUAUCUAGGUGCUCUUGCUGGGAGCAGCGUGCUUGUUGGAGGUCUCUUCGGAGCCUAUGGUGGCCGCAUGACUGGCCGCAUGAUGGACAAGUAUGCUCGCGAAGUCGAAGACUUUGCAUUCAUUCCAAUUCGAGGUGCACGGAAGCAGAAAACGGAAAAUGAAAGCGAAGCUGCUCGGCAAGAUCACCGUCUUCGAGUCACGAUUGGCGUCACCGGGUGGGUGAAAGAAGAGCCAGACUUUGUGGUUCCAUGGCGCGUUGUUGGAACCGACUCGGAAGUUUUCGCCCUGCGCUGGGAGACUAAAUCUCUAAUGAACCUCGGAAAUGCAAUAUCUGCCCUGGUGACCAGUGCGGCAUGGUCAGUAGCUGGCCGAGAAAUUCUCAGUCGAACAUUCUUCGCUGCUAUUAUGAGUGCGGUGAUGCUGCCACUGGGCCUCAUGAAAGUCGCUCGUGUGGUCGAUAAUCCAUUCAGCGUUGCUAAAUCCCGAGCCGACAAGGCUGGUGAGAUCCUGGCAGACGCUCUCAUCAAUAAGGCCCAGGGUGAACGACCGGUUACGCUGAUUGGCUACUCCCUGGGAUCUCGCCUGAUUUACUCUUGUUUGCAAAGCCUAUGUCGACGAAGCGCGUACGGACUGGUUGAGUCCGUCAUUCUCAUGGGCUCACCGACCCCAUCAGAUGGCGAAGCAUGGCGCCGUAUUCGCAGUGUCGUGAGUGGGAGAGUUGUCAAUGUUUUCUCGGAGAAUGAUUCAGUUCUUGCGUUCCUUUACCGCACUAGCAGCCUCCAGUUUGGUGUCGCUGGCCUGCAGCCCAUUGAAGGUGUGCCUGGCGUCGAGAACCUCGAUGUCAGUGAAAAGAUCAGUGGCCACCUUCGAUACCAGUACCUACUAGGAAGCAUUCUCACGUCCAUCGGGCUACAAGACCUCAAUCAGAGUGAGAUCGAACGGGAAGAAGCUGCUUUGGCAGAUGAAGACAGAAAACAGGAAGAAGAGCGCCUUCGCAAUGAACGAGAAGCAGGGGUACAAGAUAGAGAUUCGCCUGCUGCAAUUGAGAAGCUCAACAGCCAGGAGGGAUUUGAAGAAGAAGGUCGGAUGCAGAAGCAGGUUGAGGCACAGACCGAGGAGCAUAUGGCGCACCGAAUACAAAUGCUGGACUUGGAGGAUGAUGAUUACUCUACUCCACUACCUGAUCAGUCGGGGAAAUAUUCAGCAAUCUAG